AUGUUCAUCGCUGUCCGGGUUCUGGGCGGCAGCCGGAUUGCCGCCCCUCUCUCUCACGCCGCCCUCCUCCACCUCCAGUCACUCUCUGAGGGCGGCAGCAGCAAUCCAACCUUCUACUCACUACUACAGCCGGAUUUUCCUCUACAGCCAGAAUCCCCGCUACAGCCGAGCGUCUCUCUGGUACAGCCGCAGCCAAACAGUGGCAAGGUGACAAGUGGGCGCUGGGGCAGUAACUUUUCCUCCUCCUCUUCCUCCUCCUAUUCUGCGGUGGCGUCACAGUAUGGGGGGUUUGCAGUGCAGACAGGUGACCUGCCGUACUGUCAUGUGGAGGAGUGUCCGUCCAGUGUGGUGCAGCCCAACCACGACUGCAGCAGCGAGGAUGAAUCUCCCUUCUCCCUCCAUGUCUGUCGUCUCGACAGCCUGUACGUGCAAGGGGCGAUGGAGGGGGCAUUGGUGCGCAUAGAUGCCUCCUCCUCACUUGUCAUCGACCACCGAGCCUCUAUCUCUGCGUCCGGCCUUGGUUGCUUGCCAGGUCAUGGCAUAGAGCAUGGCGAGGAGGAUGCGCUGCCUUUUGAGUCGACUCAAAAGUCACCAGGUUGCUUGCCAGGUCAUGGCGAGGAGGACGCGCUGCGCCAGCCGGGGGGAGUGGAGGAGGGGGGCAUCGGGGAAUUGUCAGCAGUCUUUUUCCUCUUCUUCACCUUCUCCCUUCCCCACCCCUCUCUAAUUCUUGGGCCCUCCUUGUCCCCUCCUUGUCCCCUCCUUGUCCCCUCCUUGUCCCCUCCUUGUCCCCUCCUUGUCCCCUCCUUGUCCCCUCCUUGUCCCCUCCUUGUCCCCUCCUUAUCCCCUCCUUGUCCCCUCCUUGUCCCCUCCUGGGCCCUGUACACCAGGUUGCCUGCCGGGCCAUGGAGUGGGGCAUGGCAUGGCAGCGACACACCAGCAGCGGGUAAUGGAGGAGAGGGGGGCAUGGGGGAAAGAACGCCUCUCUUUCUCCUCUCGCUCACCUUCCUGUCUGCCUUCCUGUGCUCAACCCCCUUUUUCCUUUCCUUUAGGUUGCCUGCCGGGCCAUGGGGUUGCCCGCCGGGCCAUGGCGUGGGGCAUGGCAGGGACGCACCAGCCGGGGGGAGUGGAGGAGGGGGGCAUGGGGGAAAGAAAGACCCUUUUUCUCCUCUCUCUCACCUUCCUGUCUGCCCGCCCUUCCAUGCUCAACCCCUUUUUGUUUUCCCACCAGGUUGCCCGCCGGGCCAUGGCGUGGGGCAUGGCAGGGACGCACCAGCAGGGGGCAGUGGAGGAGGGGGGCAUGGGGGCAAGGGCGGUGCCGGCCAUUUCAAUGGGUCCCGGGCGGCAGGAGGCGCCGCAUACGGACGAACGAUGCCGCCCUGCAGUGUCGGGAGUGGGGGUGGGCUGGGGCCGGAGGGUCGGGGGAACAGCGGAGGCGGGCUGAUAGCGCUGUGCCCUGUGGCUCCUGGAGCUCUGGGCGGCUCUCUGGCAGCAGGUGUUCGCGUUGAGCCUUAUUUUCUCAUUUUCUUCCCAUCUGCUCUCCGCUUUCCUCCCUUUUCGCCGUUUCCCCCCCAGUGUUGGGCCCUGUGGCUCGCUUGGAGCUCUGGAGCAGCUCUCUGGCAGCAGACGGCUCUACUGGGUCCUGUGGCUCGUCUGGAGCUGUGGGGCGGCUCUCUGGCAGCAGACGGCUCGUUUCUCAACACACGCACUGUAGGGGGCGAAGGGAUGGGAUUGGGGAUGGGAGGAGGAGGAGUGAGGGGCGGAGAAAGGAGAGUGGGGAGCGGAGGAGCAGGAUUGGAGGGCAAGGAAGUGGGAAUGACAGGCGGAAGCAAGGAAGUGGGAAGCGGAGGGGUGGGAGGAGGGGCAGGGGGAACAGUGGUGAUUCAUGCAGCUUACCUGAACAUGACUCGUGGGUCUGUGAUAUCGGCUGCAGGGGGGCAGGGGCAUUCGGUGGGGGGAGGUGGAGGGGGCGGAGGGAAGGUGUACUUUGCAUGGCAAAACCUGGAGCGGACGCGAGGGGAUGAGUACACGCCUCGUGCUACUAUCGAGGGGAACUGGACUGAUAUUAUUAGAACAAGUGGAGGGCAGGGAAGCUACGAGGGGGAGGAUGGCGAGGCGGGACUGACAGGAUCAGCAGACUGCCCACCGGGGCUCGUGGGGCUGUUGUGUGAGGAGUGCCCUGGACGGCUGGUGGGGCUGUUGUGUGAGGAGUGCCCCGUGGGAACCUUCAAGAGCCAGUCGGGCUCUGAUCCUUCCCUGUUCCUGCGCUGCCCGCUCGACCUGCUGGCUCGCCAUGCCGAGUUCGCCUACAAGCGAGGCGGCGCCAGUGCCACUCCCUGCCCCUACCGCUGUCUCUCCUCGCACUUCUCCCUGCCCCACUGCGACACACCAAUGGAAGGUCUAAUCCGCGACCUGGGCGGGCCCUGGGUGUUCGCGCUGGCAUGCACGCUCUCUGUGCUGCUGCUGGGCUUUGCGAUCACUCUCGUGCGCGCCAGGCUGCUGCUGGCAGGGGACGACCUGGCCCAGCCGCAGACGAGGGACUCUGAUGUGUCCUCCCAUAUGGACCACUCCCUGCCUUUUCUGGAGUCUCUGAACGAGGUGAUGGAGAAUACGAGGGUAGAAGAAGCAGCCUCACACGUCCACCGAGUCUUUUUCUGCGGAGACAACUCCUUCUCGCACCCGCUGCACCUCCCACACUCCCCGCCGCGCGCAAUCUCCGAUCUCGUAUACGAAGACUCAUACAACCGUCUCGUAGACGAGGUUAACGCCAUUGCGUGCUACCGGUGGUGGGAGGGGUGUGUGCACUCGCUGCUGGCGCUGCUCGCGCUGCCGUUUGCGUGGUCGUGGCAGCAGUGGCGGCGCCGCCUGGUGGUGCAGCGGCUGCGGGAGUUUGUUCACACGCGCUACGACCACUCGUGUCUGCGCUCCUGCCGCUCCCGCGCGCUAUACGAAGGGCUCAAGGUGUCAGCUACCCCGGAUCUAGUCCUGGGCUACAUGGACGUGUUUCUGGGCGGCGACGAGAUGGCCACGCACAUGCUGCCGAGCUUCGCCGACCGCCUGCCACUGCUGCUGGUGCUGGGCGGCAACGGCUCGUACAUGGCGCCGUACCAUCUCUUCACCGACGACCUUCUCACCAACAUCAUCUCCCAGGCCAUCCCCCCCACAGUGUGGUACCGCCUGGUAGCAGGGCUGAACGCCCACCUCCGCACUGUCAGCCACGGCUCCCUGCAGAGGUCUUUGAAACCACUGCUGCGUUGGCUGUGCACGCAUGUCAACCCCUCGCUGGAAGCCCACGGCGUGUCAGCACACCUCGCCUGGCUGCAGCCAACAUCAGCCAGCAUAAUCCAGCUCGCUCUGUGUCUCGACCACCCUGAGAGCACCGAUCAUUGCAAUGACUAUCUCCCUUCUUCUUCAGCUGCUGCUGCUGCUGCUGCUGCUGCCGAUACUGCCGGCCACUUCUCUGCUCCGAGCCUCACCUCCUUUGCUUCAGCAGCUGCGCCGAACCUGGCCGGCUUCGGCAGCAGCUUCGGGAGCAGCCGGCUGGGUGGGUUCGGUGGUUCGGACACAGGAUGGGGAAGGCCGGUAGAGAGAACGAGACUCGGAGGCUCUGUUUCCGCAUUGCCAUCUCCUCGCACUGCCACUCUUUCCCAUUCCGCUCUUCCUCCUGCGGCACUUCCCUCCUCUGCCUUUGCUCCUGCCUCUUUGCUUUCCUCGCACACUCAGGCCUUGUCAGAGGUUCCUGCCUUCUCCCGCUCUGACUCCUCGCUCUCGCAUCAACACACCCCGCACCAAUACAACUCGCAUCGGCAGCAGCAGCAGCACCAGCAGCAGCAACCGCAGCAACAGCAGCAACAACAGCAGCAGCGGCGGCAGCAGUGGCAGCAAAGCAUCUCCCCGUCCUCUCUUCUCUCAAACCCCUACCUCAAUCACUACCCUGCAACCUCUCUCUACAACCCAUACUUGUUCGAACAUCGACCGUCCCUCUCAAUCCUCCCCUCUGCCGAGCCUACUCCCGGUCCUGCUGGCUCGGCUCACUUUGCUCCCAGUGACAAGGAGACGAGACGGGGCGGCGAGAGGAGGGAAGUGGAGCGGCAGAUUUCGUCAGUUUCUGCAGGGUUGCUGUGGCAGGCGGCGGGGGGGCGGGUGGGGAAGAGGCAGCAGGGGGGGUUGAUAGACGCACAGGUGCCGCAGCGGCUGGAUGGGGGGCGAGGGCUCACCUCCCUCCUCGCCUUCGCUCUCAUGCUCUUUGUCCUGCCGCUCGCGCCGCUCUUCUCAGCAGCAGCGGGGCUGAACGCCCUCUUUGCCCACGGGGCGAGGGGGGGAGCGGGGCUGGGGAGGGUGUAUGGGCUGUGGAACGUCACUUCCCUUGCCAACGGGGUGGUUGCUGUGACCCUGGGAGUGUUUCAUGUAUGGCAAACUUACAAGGGCACUCCCUCAGGUGCUCCUCCCAGGUUCAGGGAGUCAGCAGCAGCAGAGGAGUUCACGUGGCUGCUGUUCCCAGCCAUGUUUGUGGCAUGUAAGUUGGCUCAAGCACGAGUUAUAGACCGCCAUGUGGCAAAUCUGGAGAUUCAGGAUCGCACCCUGCUGGCAGAGGACCCGACCGUCUUUUGGGAGGCGUAA